UGCACACUCUUUGCUCCUACUCACAGCGGUUGGUUUUCUCUCAUUGAUAAAACUCUCUAGUAGAUUUGGUGUUGGUGGGUGGUCUUCAAGUUGGCCUCUAAAAUUCUAGUUCAUGCUAAAAAUCAAGUCUUUUCAACUGGGUUUCACUUGAUUCUGCUUACUAUACCAGAAAGUUUCUGCCUUUUUCUUUUGUUCUUCUUUAAUGUUUAUACCAUUUUUUAUGGUGGUUUUGCUGUGAAGUGUUGAUUUUCUAUUUGAAGUUUGGUAAGAGAGCUCUAUGAAAGAAGAAAAGAUGGGGGAGAAAGGUGAAGUUUUGGAGGCUGUGUUGAAGGAAACUGUGGAUUUGGAAAACAUACCCAUUGAGGAAGUGUUUGAGAAUCUGAGAUGUAGCAGGGAAGGUUUAACAACUGAAGCUGCUGAGGAGAGGCUCACCAUUUUUGGCCAUAACAAGCUUGAAGAGAAAAAGGAGAGCAAAUUCUUGAAGUUUUUGGGUUUUAUGUGGAAUCCUCUGUCAUGGGUGAUGGAGGCUGCUGCUAUUAUGGCUAUUGCUCUUGCAAAUGGAGGAGGGAAGCCUCCAGAUUGGCAAGACUUCGUGGGUAUUAUUACUUUGCUUUUGAUCAACUCCACUAUCAGUUUUAUUGAGGAGAACAAUGCUGGUAAUGCUGCUGCUGCUCUCAUGGCUCGUCUUGCUCCAAAAGCUAAGAUUCUUCGAGAUGGAAGGUGGAGUGAGCAGGAUGCUGCUAUUUUAGUUCCUGGUGACAUUAUUAGUAUCAAACUUGGAGAUAUCAUUCCAGCUGAUGCUCGUUUACUGGAAGGUGAUCCCCUUAAAAUUGACCAGUCUGCACUUACUGGUGAGUCUCUUCCUGUGACAAAAGGACCUGGAGAUGGUGUGUAUUCUGGUUCGACUUGCAAACAAGGAGAGAUUGAAGCAGUGGUUAUUGCCACUGGUGUGCAUACAUUCUUCGGGAAGGCUGCUCAUCUUGUGGAUACCACAAACCAAGUUGGCCAUUUCCAAAAGGUCUUGACUGCAAUAGGGAAUUUCUGCAUAUGUUCAAUUGGUGUGGGGAUGAUCAUAGAGAUUAUUGUCAUGUACCCCAUUCAAGAUCGGGAGUAUCGUCCUGGGAUUGACAAUCUUCUCGUCCUUCUCAUUGGAGGAAUUCCAAUUGCGAUGCCAACAGUCCUGUCAGUGACAAUGGCUAUUGGUUCUCAUCGGUUAUCUCAGCAGGGUGCCAUCACAAAGAGAAUGACUGCAAUUGAAGAGAUGGCAGGCAUGGACGUGCUUUGCAGUGACAAGACUGGGACCUUGACUUUAAACAAGCUUACUGUUGACAAAAAUAUCAUAGAGGUUUUUGCCAAAGGAGUAGAUGCAGAUACUGUAAUUCUGAUGGCAGCUCGAGCCUCUAGGACAGAGAAUCAAGAUGCAAUAGAUACUGCUAUUGUCGGAAUGCUGGCAGAUCCAAAAGAGGCUCGUGCUGGAAUUCAAGAAGUCCAUUUCCUUCCUUUUAAUCCUACUGAUAAGCGCACGGCCUUGACCUAUAUCAACAGUGAUGGUAAAAUGCAUAGAGUCAGCAAAGGUGCGCCGGAGCAGAUUCUAAAUCUUGCACACAAUAAGUCAGACAUUGAGCGAAGAGUUCAUGCUGUGAUUGACAAGUUUGCAGAGAGGGGUUUACGGUCGCUUGCUGUUGCAUACCAAGAUGUUCCAGAUGGAAGGAAAGAGAGUCCUGGAGGCCCAUGGCAGUUCAUUGGCCUCUUGCCCCUUUUUGAUCCACCUAGGCAUGAUAGUGCUGAGACAAUCAGGAGGGCUUUGAAUCUUGGUGUAAAUGUGAAAAUGAUCACAGGGGAUCAACUGGCCAUUGGGAAGGAAACUGGACGUCGUUUGGGAAUGGGUACCAACAUGUAUCCUUCAUCUGCAUUGCUGGGACAAGACAAGGAUGAGUCUAUUGCUGCCUUACCGAUUGAUGAACUAAUUGAAAAAGCUGAUGGCUUUGCUGGUGUUUUCCCUGGUACUUCCGUUUUGCUACAUGUCCCAUGCGAAUUUUAUUGCCAUUGCUCUUGGGUAUGCAUAGUUUUCUUCCCUAACAUUUAUGGCUUGGUGUAUGUUAUUUCAGAGCACAAAUAUGAGAUUGUAAAACGCUUGCAAGCUAGGAAACAUAUCUGUGGUAUGACAGGUGAUGGAGUCAAUGAUGCUCCUGCUCUUAAGAAGGCUGACAUUGGGAUUGCUGUUGCUGAUGCAACUGAUGCUGCUCGUAGUGCUUCUGAUAUUGUUCUUACGGAACCUGGCCUCAGUGUCAUCAUUAGUGCUGUCUUGACAAGUCGAGCAAUCUUUCAAAGAAUGAAAAAUUACACAAUCUAUGCAGUUUCCAUUACAAUUCGUAUUGUGCUUGGUUUCAUGCUACUGGCCCUCAUAUGGAAGUUCGACUUUCCACCUUUUAUGGUGCUUAUUAUUGCAAUUCUUAAUGAUGGUACCAUUAUGACAAUAUCUAAGGAUAGAGUGAAGCCAUCUCCUCUGCCAGACAGCUGGAAGUUGGCAGAGAUUUUUACAACUGGAAUUAUUCUUGGUAGUUACUUGGCAAUGAUGACUGUCAUAUUCUUUUGGGCAGCAUAUAAGACAAACUUCUUCCCAAGGGUAUUCGGAGUAUCAACCCUGGAGAAAACAGCUCAUGAUGAUUUCAGAAAGCUUGCAUCAGCAAUAUAUUUGCAAGUGAGCACUAUCAGUCAGGCCCUAAUAUUUGUGACACGAUCUCGGAGUUGGUCUUUUGUUGAACGUCCUGGGAUAUUACUUGUUGUGGCUUUUGUGAUCGCUCAACUGGUUGCUACUCUAAUUGCAGUCUAUGCAAGUUGGAGCUUUGCAGCAAUUGAAGGAAUUGGUUGGGGUUGGGCUGGUGUUAUUUGGCUUUACAACCUCAUCUUUUAUUUCCCUCUCGAUUUCAUCAAGUUCUUUAUACGUUAUGCUUUGAGUGGGAGGGCUUGGGAUCUUGUUAUUGAGCAAAGGAUUGCUUUCACAAGGCAAAAGGAUUUCGGGAAAGAACAGCGCGAGCUUCAAUGGGCACAUGCACAAAGAACAUUGCAUGGAUUGCAGCCACCAGACACCAAGAUGUUCACAGAGCGAACUCAUUUCACAGAACUCAAUAAUAUGGCUGAAGAAGCUAAAAGGAGAGCUGAAAUUGCAAGAUUGAGAGAACUUCAUACGCUCAAGGGUCAUGUAGAAUCAGUGGUGAGAUUGAAGGGUCUCGAUAUAGACACGAUUCAACAAGCAUACACAGUCUGAAGAUUGGCCGGGUGUACAAGAACCAAUAAAAUGACCUUCUUUUAGUUUUACUGCUUCUCAUUUAUAGAGAUCUGUAAGCAGCAUUUUCUCUUAGAGUUACCUCAGAAAAAGAAAAGCCGAUUAUUGCUGCAAUGCUUUUUUGAGUAUCGUCAUUUAAAGGGUGCUGUCUUAUCUUAUUUGCUUUCCAGUCUCUGUUUACCUGGCGGUGGAAAGCUCAUCCUUUUUUUUUUUCGUUUUCUUUUUCUUUUUGCCCAUUUUCUGUCUAUAUUAGUAAGCUUAUGGCUCGCGCCGUCUUUAUUUUCUUUGUUGUAUUACAUAUGAACUUAACAAUAGUUCGGUAAUUAUACCAUGGCACUUGAUCUAGUUGAAAA